CUGGUUUAUUCGCCGACCGGAAGAAACACCUUCAUUAAUUUACAUUUCGCAAACUCUUCCGGUUCGGUCAAUAUCUCCACCUGUUCUAAAGACUUAUGCCUAUUUAACAACUCUGGCGAUAGAUAAUUAUUAUUCCCCAAAUACUAUG